AUGUACGACCUCGCCACUGAUAAGACAUCGAUUCAGCUGAUUCGGGAAUUCCAUGACGCCCAUCGCAUCAUCGUCGCUCUUUGUCAUGGAGUGGCCGCACUCGUCAACGUCGAGCUAGCCGAUGGAACACCUCUUCUACACGGGAAACGGGUGACUGGAUUCAGUGAUGAAGAAGAAGAUCAAGCUUAUGCCAACAACAUUGCUCCUCCUAAUAUGCCGUUCCAUCUUCAACAAGCCUUGGAUAAGGCUAGUGGAGGUAAAUAUGAGAAAGCAGACGAGGCCUGGGCCUCUCAUGUGAUAUCAAACCCCAAGCUCCUCCUUGGACAGAACCCGGCCAGUGCUCACGAUCUGGCGGUCGAGGUAUUGAAAGUCAUCACCCAAAAGAAGUGA